CCAGUGCGGACGUGUUUUUCUAGCUUUCCUCCGCUUUCCACGCACCGUGCGGCCAAAAACUGCAGAACGGAAAAAUUUUAAAAAUUGAAAUACUAAAAUAGAAAGUAACACAAGUAAACCUCAAACCGAACAACAAAACCAAGCCAAUUAAGCCAACAAAACGAAAUCAAUUGUUUAACCACCUUAAAAUUAGUGAAAAUUACCUUAACACUCUAAAAGUGCAUUUAAGUCAUAAAUAACUAUACAAAUAUACAUAUAUUCAACUCGAGAAUUAGAAUUUUGUUAAGUCCGAUCUAAAUAGAAGAGCUUGUUUUUACCUAACGCUAAUGAGAAAGCCGUAAAGUGUAAAUCGAUAAAGAAUUUAAAAAUAAAUCAAUCAAUCUCCGCAAAAUUCUACAACCAAACACUGCCAAAGUGAACCCAUCUAUUUAAAAAACCGAGAAUAACCAACCUGAAGAUAACCGAAAAGAAACGUUAACGAGCAUUUAAGAGGUCGCAAGAGUGUUUGUAACCGAAACUGUAACAGUAACAGCAACUACCGUUAACUGGGUCAGUAGGCACAUCGAGGGCUUCCUCAACCCCCUUCUUCUGCUUCCUCGCUCUUCGCCUCCAUCCUUUCAGUGUGACCUUGGACAAUGAACUCCUCAAGCGGAGAUGAUGAGGCGCCAAAGGAUCCGCGCACUGGCGGCGAGGAUUUUACGCAACAAUUCACAGAGAACGAUUUUGAGGGACAUCGGGCCCACACCGUUUACGUGGGUGUCCAUGUGCCAGGAGGACGACGCCACUCGCAGCGCCGGCGCAAGCACCACCACAGUGGCCCAGUGGUGGGGGGUGGCACGGGUGGCAGCGGCGGCGGCGGCUCCAUCGGCGGUUCCGGAAGUGUGGGCGGUGGUGCGGGCAAGGACAACACCAGCGAGAAGCAACAGGAAGUGGAGCGACCAGUGACUCCCCCGGCCCAGCGCGUCCAGUUCAUCCUCGGCGAGGAUGUGGACGACGGCACCCACGUAUCGCACCCGCUCUUCUCGGAGAUGGGGAUGCUGGUGAAGGAGGGCGACGAGAUCGAGUGGAAGGAGACGGCGCGCUGGAUCAAGUUCGAGGAGGACGUGGAGGAGGGGGGCAACCGGUGGUCGAAGCCCCACGUGGCCACCCUCUCGCUCCACUCGCUGUUCGAGCUGCGCCGCCUGCUGGUCAACGGGAGUGUGAUGCUCGACAUGGAGGCCCACAACCUGGAGGUGAUGGCCGACCUGGUCUGCGAUCACAUGGUCAGUGCAGGCACCCUGCCACCAGGAGUAAAGGACAAGGUGAAGGAUGCCCUCCUGCGACGCCAUCGCCACCAGCACGAGUACGCCAAGAAGACGCGACUGCCGAUCAUCCGAUCCCUGGCCGAUAUGCGCAACCACUCGUCGUCGAAAAUUGAAGAGCACUCUGGCAACAUUUUGGGGGCCACAACGCCAAUUUCCCUAACGGCCAGCGAACCGGGACCGCCCGGAUCCAAUGGAAACCCCAAUCUAAGCACCGCUGCCGGCGGAAUGGGCCGUUUUCUAACGGUGCCGAGUGGAAAACCCAGCACAAGAACGCUCGAGGACAUGGUCAAGAGUCCCAGCAACCAGUCGAUGGCCCGGCCGGGAAGCGGCACCGAGCUGAGCGAGCAGCAGCACAAGGGCAACACCCACUUCAUGCGGAAGAUCCCCCCGGGGGCGGAGGCCAGCAACAUCCUCGUCGGCGAGGUGGACUUCCUGGAGCGCACCCUCUCCUGCUUCAUCCGCCUCAGCCAGGCGGUCGUCCUCGGCGACCUCACCGAGGUCCCAGUGCCCACAAGAUUUGUGUUUAUCCUGCUUGGUCCGCCCGGAAGCCAGAGCAACUUCCACGAGAUCGGGCGGGCGAUGGCCACCCUGAUGUCCGACGAGAUCUUCCACGAGGUGGCCUACCGAGCUCGCAAGCGGGAUCACCUGCUGUCCGGCGUGGACGAGUUCCUCGACGCGGUCACCGUUCUGCCUCCCGGCGAGUGGGAUCCCACCAUUCGGAUUGAGCCGCCGGCGGCGAUUCCCUCGCAGGAGGUGCGCAAACGUCCACCGGAGUUGCCCAAGGAGGAGGUGGACGAGGAGGAGGAGGAGGCGCGUCUGCGGGAGGAGAACGGAUUGUCGCGGACGGGUCGCCUGUUCGGAGGACUCAUCAACGACAUCAAGAGGAAGGCACCGUGGUACCUCAGCGACUACAAGGACUCGCUGUCGAUGCAGUGCGUCGCCUCCUGGAUCUUCCUGUACUUCGCCUGCCUCUCGCCGAUCAUCACAUUCGGAGGACUCCUGGCCGAGGCCACCGGCAAGCACAUGGCUGCGAUGGAGUCUCUGGUGUCCGGGUUCGUUUGUGGCAUGGGGUAUGGCUUCUUUUCGGGUCAGCCGCUGACAAUUCUCGGGUCCACCGGUCCAGUCCUGGUCUUCGAGUCAAUUAUCUACGAGUUCUGUCUGAAGAUGAACUGGGAUUACAUGACCUUCCGGUUCUGGAUCGGCAUGUGGGUCGCCGGCAUUUGCAUCGUCCUGACCGCGAUCGACGCCAGUGCCCUCGUCUGCUACAUCACCCGGUUCACCGAGGAGAACUUCGCCACCCUGAUCGCCUUCAUCUUCAUCUACAAGGCCAUCGAGAACGUGGUGGUCAUCGGCAAGAACUUCCCGGUCAAUCAGGGGAUAUACGACUGCGUCUGUACGCCGCCACUGGGAAGCAACGCCAGUGUGAUCGACUAUGCCAAGUACAACUGGGAUUCCUGUGAGAGUUACAAUGGCACAUUGGUUGGAGGCGAUUGCGGCACCCCGCCCACCGAGAACGUUUUCCUAAUGUCGGUGUGUCUCUGCGCCGGCACCUUCCUCAUUUCCACCGUGCUGAAGGAGUUCAAGAACGCGCUCUUCUUCCCCUCGAUCGUUCGCCAGUACAUCAGCGACUUCUCCGUGCUGAUUGCCAUUUUCGCGAUGACUUUCUUCGAUUAUUCCCUGGGAGUGCCCACCCAGAAGCUGGAGGUUCCCAACGAGCUGAAGCCGACGCUGAGCACCAGGGGCUGGCUCAUCCCGCCGUUCUCCGAGAGGAAUCCCUGGUGGUCGCCGAUCAUUGCCGUGUUCCCCGCCCUCCUGGGCACCAUCUUGAUCUUCAUGGACCAGCAGAUCACCGCAGUUAUUGUGAACCGCAAGGAGAACAAGCUGAAGAAGGGAUGCGGCUACCAUCUGGAUCUGUUCAUCCUCUCCAUUCUGAUUGCUAUUUGCAGCUUGAUGGGACUGCCUUGGUUCGUGGCUGCCACCGUGCUGAGCAUCAACCACGUGAACUCGCUGAAGCUGGAAUCGGAGUGCUCGGCCCCUGGCGAGAAGCCACAGUUCCUGGGAGUGCGCGAGCAGCGGGUGACCCACAUCCUCAUCUUCCUGACCAUCGGCGUGUCCGUGCUGCUGACCCCGCUGCUCGGUCACAUCCCCAUGCCGGUCCUGUUCGGCGUCUUUCUCUAUAUGGGCGUGGCCUCGCUUAAGGGUCUCCAGUUCUUCGAUCGCAUACUGAUCAUGUUCAUGCCGGCCAAGUACCAACCGGACUAUAUGUUCCUGCGCCAGGUUCCCAUUAAGCGCGUUCACCUGUUCACCGCAAUUCAGCUGGCGUGUCUCAUUAUCCUUUGGCUGAUCAAGUCCUUCUCACAGACCUCUAUCCUGUUCCCCUUGAUGUUGGUGGUGAUGAUCGGCAUACGAAAGGCCCUGGAUCUUGUAUUUACCCGACGGGAGCUGAAGAUCCUGGAUGAUAUAAUGCCGGAGAUGACGAAGCGAGCGGCGGCCGAUGAUCUGCAUAAACUGGACGCUGAGGACAACCAUCAUCAGCAUCACCCGGGAUCGGGGUCCGGACCCAACUAUAAUGCCGAUAAGUCGGGGGGUCCGACCACCAUUCACAUUCCGCUAUCGGGCAACAAGCCGGCCAACAAUGGACCCACAGUGAACAUUCCCCAGGAGGCUGUUAAUCGCACCACAGUCUGGCAGCAGAUCAACAAGGAUGGCAACGGGAUCUCGGAGCAACUGAUCAUCCCGGUCACCGUCAAAGUUCGUCAAAUCAACGGCAACCAUGCCCCCUCGAGUGCCGCCCUCUCGCCACGCCUCUCGCCCAUGCACGAGGCGGAUGAGUACAGUGAAGCCCCGCCAAACACACCGGGCAAUCCCACGGGAGCUCAGCAGCAGCAGCAGCAGCAACAGCAGCAGAUGAAUAAUUGCAAGGAGGCGGCUGCCAAACUCGAAGGAUCUUCUUUGGUCAACAGCCAGAUCAAUCCAGCCAACAUAACGCCCGUCUAAAGAUCCCGAAAAAGAUAUGGAUACAAUGCGAACAAAAGCACAAAGAACCCGCACACACACACACACACACACACACAUCCAUGUAUUUCUAGUUGAUCAUUCACAACCGUAUCAUAAUCUCUAUUUACUAUAUGGUAUAUAUCGUAGUAGUUAUCCCAGGUGACGUUUUUGGUAACGAUUUUUUAGCUGUGCCAGUAGAGGGGUGUAACUUUGAUUUGGGGCUCAGGUACAAGUUAUACAAGUAUUACUUAUAAAAUAAAAUAUAUAACGGUAUUCUGUAGACGAGAAAAAACAUUCCAAAUAUACACUUUUGAAACGAAUUUUAUAGAGUCAAUUCCGAGAAUGCGAGCGCAUAAAUAUUAACCAUCGGUGAUCCGAUGUUUGUCCAAUUUUCCUAUUUCCCCUUUGACUUGGUUAGCUAAAGCGAAUUGUGUGUUAUAUGGGGCUUAUUUAUCGAACUGUGAUCUGAUGGGUAUAUCUUGGGGGUGGGUUGUUUAAGAAGUGUAUCAUUUAGCCUAGCCAAGACAAAGCUGUAAACAAUUGUAUUAUAUUUUAUGCCUUACACUAACUUUAACACACAGAGACACACGCAUCCUAUCCGACACACCCGAAAAAAAAUAUAUAUAAACUAUAGACAACUAUUAAUAUUGAAUAAAAGUGGCGAACAAUUAAUUAGCCACAAGCAACUGCGGAAACAAAAAUGUAUCUUUCAUUUCGUUACUUUUGGUAUGCAUCGUUCGUUUUCAGUGUAUUUUGUGCAUAGUUGUGAGUGUUGAGUGUGGCACCUACUGCUCCCGAAAUCUAUAUCUCUGAUCAUUCAUAUAUAGCACCUCAGCAACUUCUGCCUGUCUUCCAUAAUAUCAGACAUUCAUAGACAUUAGAUCAAGUUUGUGGA